AUGCAGCUCGGGGAGCUUAGAAGGCUCGACUCCAUUAUCGACAGCACUCCGCUGGAUGCGCUGGUGGAGAUCAUCCUUGUGGACGACGGCAGCUCUCCACCACUUGCACCCCUGGUGACUUCUUAUAGCCUUGUGAAGCUGCUGCGGCAUGAAAGCCGCCGCGGCCUAAUCAAGUCCAAGACAGAGGGCGGGAAUCGGGCGACGGGGGACGUCAUCAUGUUCUUAGAUGCUCACGUCCGACCUGUUCCAGGCUGGCACAUACCGCUGCUGAGACACAUCGGCCAAAACUACAAGCGCGUGGUCGUUCCGUUGAUACCCAUCCUGAAUGCGGACACCUGGGAAGUCAACAACAAUGCCAUUGGUGUGAAGAUGAUGUUCGAUUGGACACUUUUCUUCAACUGGUUUGAAGAUGGCAGCGACAUCGUGCCGUGCAUGAGCGGAGGUCUUUUUGCCAUCUCUAAGCGUUGGUGGCACGAGUCGGGCGAGUACGACUAUGGCAUGAAUAUGUGGGGCGCAGAGAACAUCGAGCAGUCCAUUCGGCAUCCCAGCAAUAUGUUCAGACUAACUCAAGACGGUGUGACUGGCCUCGCGUUGCACACCGGAGUGCAAAGCACCGCUCCUGCAUGA